CGAGGUUAGUUUUUUGCAUCAGAAAUCCAAAAUGGCAGCUGCAUUAGGAACGGUACUAAGGUCUUCUGUUUCCAGGGCCUCUUACACUGGGCUCAGAGCUGCCCUUGCCCCUGUCAGAGCUGCAACAUGUAACUCAGCAAGCAGAGCACUCCCCAGCGUGGCAAGCCACAAGCUGAGCUUCAGCACCAGCUGUGCACGGUUCGCUCCUGCAGUUACCCAGCAUGCCCCGUACUUCAAAGGCACGGCAGUCACCAACGGAGAGUUCAAGGAAAUCAGUCUGGAAGAUUACAAGGGCAAAUAUCUGGUGCUGUUCUUCUACCCUCUGGAUUUCACGUUUGUCUGCCCAACGGAGAUCAUUGCCUUCAGUGACAAAGCCAGCGAGUUCCAUGAUGUCAACUGUGAAGUGGUGGGGGUGUCUGUGGACUCGCACUUCAGCCACCUGGCCUGGAUCAACACACCCAGGAAGAGCGGUGGUCUGGGGCACAUGAACAUCCCCCUCCUCUCAGAUCUCAAUAAGCAGGUCUCCAGGGACUACGGGGUGCUGCUGGAAGGACCUGGUAUCGCUCUGAGAGGGCUGUUCAUCAUCGACCCAAACGGAGUCGUAAAGCACAUCAGUGUCAAUGACCUGCCAGUGGGGCGCUGUGUGCAGGAGACGCUGCGGCUCGUUAAGGCCUUCCAGUUUGUCGAGACCCACGGGGAGGUGUGCCCAGCCAACUGGACCCCAGACUCCCCGACUAUUAAACCAUCUCCCGAAGGUUCCAAGGAGUAUUUUGAGAAAGUAAAUGAGUAGACAAGGGACCUGCCUCCAGUUCUUUUAAUCACACUUACAAGAAUCGCCACUUCCCCAUGAACACCCUGGGAGUCACAGUAGAGGCUAUGUCAACGUUCAAAGUGUGGCCCAUUAUGUUAAUUGCAUCUAAUGCUGGUAGUUCAAACUGACACUGAUGGAAAUCAUAGUAUGAUGCUGUAGAGGUUAAAUAUAAAUGUAUAUGACUAAAAAUCCAAGCAUUUUGUCUGGUUACUUGUAUCAAACUUUGUGAAUGGCCAUAUUCAAUAAAUAUGUCAAUUGAA